UGAAUUUUCAGGUGUGUACUGGCCCUUUAAGGAACGUGAACGAGCCAGGCAUGCUCACGCUUGUCUCGGGGGCACGCGCUUCUCAGGGCAGGAGAGUUAGAGUAACAUGUUAGCUGUGUGGAAGCUCUAUCAUGUCUCUCGUGAAUAAACAUGUCCAAAGCUGAAGAAAUAGCCUCUUCUUCAUUUAAAUGUUAGCCUAGAGUUUUAUUGACAAGUCUUCAGGAGAAGCCACCGACAGCGGAACCAGCCAGCCGCAGCAGCCAGAAGUAGCAGCGAACCAGCCGACAGCAGCAGCAGAGCAACCCCAGAUGAGCAGAGUCAAGCAGCUGACAAAGCCCAGCCGAACCGAACCGAAUCGGAACCAGGGACCAGAGAAAAGACACUACAAGGACUUACCCACAUUUUUGUGUUGAACCAUGUCCAUCGUUAAGAUCCACGCCCGAGAGAUCUUUGAUUCUCGUGGAAACCCCACAGUGGAGGUUGACCUUUACACCAACAAAGGCUUGUUUCGAGCUGCUGUACCGAGCGGUGCUUCCACUGGAAUCUACGAAGCUCUGGAGCUCAGAGAUAAUGACAAAUCUCGCUACCUCGGAAAAGGAGUCUCACAGGCUGUAGAACACAUCAACUCGUCAAUUGCACCUGCACUUGUUGGUCAGGACGUAUCUGUGGUUGAACAGGAGAGAAUCGAUCAGAUUAUGAUUGACAUGGAUGGCACAAACAACAAAUCCAAAUUUGGAGCCAAUGCCAUUCUGGGUGUUUCUCUGGCGGUUUGUAAAGCCGGUGCUGCAGAGAAAGGAGUGCCUUUGUAUCGUCAUAUUGCUGACCUGGCAGAAAACCCAGAGGUCAUCUUACCUGUACCGGCCUUCAAUGUGAUCAACGGUGGCUCCCACGCAGGCAACAAGCUCGCCAUGCAGGAGUUCAUGAUCCUGCCCAUCGGUGCCAGCACCUUUAAAGAAGCCAUGCGCAUUGGAGCCGAAGUUUACCACAAUCUGAAAAACGUCAUCAAGAAGAAGUACGGGCAGGAUGCCACAAAUGUGGGCGAUGAAGGUGGAUUUGCUCCAAACAUACUAGAAAAUAUGGAGGCUUUGGAGUUACUGAAGGAGGCCAUUGCCAAAGCGGGUUACACYGAUGAGGUCGUGAUCGGCAUGGAUGUGGCUGCAUCAGAGUUCUACCGGGACGGAAAGUACGACCUGGACUUCAAGUCGCCUGAUGACCCGAGUCGUUACAUCACWGCCGAUGAGCUGGCUGAUCUCUACAGGAGCUUUGUGAAGGAUUAUCCAGUUGUGUCCAUUGAGGACCCCUUUGACCAGGACGACUGGGCGGCCUGGACCAACUUCACCAACAGCACCGACAUCCAGGUAGUGGGAGAUGAUUUGACGGUGACCAAUCCAAAUCGCAUCUGYAAAGCUGUGGAAGAAAAGGCCUGCAACUGCCUGCUGCUCAAAGUCAACCAGAUUGGCACAGUCACYGAGUCCAUGAAAGCGUGUAAGAUGGCUCAGGAGAGUGGCUGGGGGGUGAUGGUGAGUCACCGCUCAGGAGAAACUGAAGACACCUUCAUAGCAGAUCUGGUGGUUGGAUUAUGCACCGGACAGAUCAAGACCGGCGCUCCGUGUCGCUCUGAGCGGUUGGCUAAAUACAAUCAGAUCCUGAGAAUUGAAGAGGAAUUGGGAGACAAGGCUCAGUUUGCUGGGAAACAUUUCAGAAGACCUGUGAUGGAGUGAUUUAAUGAGAUAUUUACUUGUUUCAUUCACUAAAAUGUGUGUAAACUCAUUAUUGCAAAAUGUAUUAGUGUAGAAUGAUUCAAAUACUGCUAGAAGGUUAUAAAUGUGUAUAAUAAACCAAUGAACAUAUAAAUGGAA